AAUGUCACUAUGACAUUGCCAAAAUAGUUGAGAAUUUGUAUUUUGUUGAGAAUGAGAUUGUUGUAAACCAAAUUGCUUAUUUAUUUUGUGUGUUUUCUAUAUUAUUUUAAAUACAGAUAAGCUUCUACAUACAUAAUUAUAUGCCGCUAUUUCCCUUAUAGUUUAAGCUAAAAAGGUAUCAAUGGAGCCUAACGCUCCAGGCUCGUCCAGCUCGUCUAGAGCGACAAAGUUCAUGAUGGAGGGUGUCGGGGCAAGGGUAAUAAGAGGUCCUGAUUGGAAAUGGGGGAAGCAGGAUGGUGGAGAGGGCCAUGUAGGUACUGUCAGAAACUUUGAAUCCCCCGAAGAAGUUGUUGUGGUAUGGGAUAAUGGCACUGCAGCAAAUUAUAGAUGUUCUGGCGCUUAUGAUUUACGUAUUCUAGACAGUGCACCAACAGGUGUCAAGCAUGAAGGCACUAUGUGUGACACUUGCAGACAACAACCAAUAUUUGGCAUUCGCUGGAAGUGUGCUGAAUGUAGUAAUUAUGAUCUCUGUUCUGUUUGUUAUCAUGGGGACAAGCAUCAUUUGCGGCACAGGUUUUACCGUAUCAGUGCCCCCGGAGCACAGAGAUGCUUGGUGGAACCUCGUAGGAAAAGCAAGAAGCAGGCUGUUAGAGGCAUAUUUCCCGGAGCAAGAGUUGUUAGAGGGGUAGAUUGGCAAUGGGAAGAUCAAGAUGGUGGAAAUGGGAGGAGGGGGAAAGUUAAUGAGGUACAAGACUGGUCUGCAGCAAGUCCACGCUCUGCUGCUUAUGUUGUGUGGGACAAUGGUGCUAAGAACUUGUACAGGGUUGGGUUUGAAGGGAUGGCAGAUCUAAAGGUGGUAAAUGAUGUUAAAGGCCAGAAUGUUUACAAAGAACAUUUGCCACUGUUGGGUGAAUUAGGUCCAGGCCGCACUGGCCCUCAUGGAUUACAAGUUGGUGAUCAAGUAAAUGUAGAUUUGGAUUUGGAGAUAGUACAGUCAUUGCAACACGGGCACGGCGGGUGGACUGACGGCAUGUUUGAAUGCCUCAGCACUACCGGCACUGUUGUCGGAAUCGACGAGGAUCACGACAUUGUUGUUACGUACCCUAGCCGCAAUCGUUGGACCUUCAAUCCGGCUGUACUAACUAAGGUGUGCAGUGGGAGUAUGACGGCGUCGACGUCGGCGGCGAGCGCGGGCGGUGGGUUUGCUGUGGGCGACCUGGUGCAGGUUUGCGCCGACCAAGAGCGGGUGAAAGCCUUGCAGCGCGGCCAUGGGGAGUGGGCUGAAGCUAUGGCACCGACGCUCGGCAAAAUUGGUCGCGUGCAGCAGAUUUAUCACGAUAACGAUUUGAAGGUAGAAGUUUGCAACACUUCAUGGACUUACAAUCCGAACGCGGUCACCAAAGUGGCGUCUUUCGAUGGCAGCAUUCCAGGAAAUUCAUCAGGCGAUCGCCUGUCGGUGCUUUUGAAAAAGUUGUUUGAGUCUCACGUGACCGGAGACGCGAACGAGGAGUUAGUGAAGGCGGCCGCCAACGGUGACGCGACGCGUUGUGCGGACAUCCUGGCGCGAACGGACGGCGCUCAGGCUGACGUGAAUGGUGUCUAUGGUGGCCAUACCGCUUUGCAGGCGGCGGCACAAAACGGCCACGUAGAAGUCAUCCGCGCACUGGUGGACGCGGGCGCGGAGGCUGAUGCGGAGGACCGCGACGGAGACCGCGCCGCGCACCACGCUGCCUUCGGAGACGAGUCCGCGGCUCUCCGCGCACUGGCGUCCGCCGGCGCCGAUCUCAACGCAAGAAACCGCCGCCGCCAAACGCCGCUGCACAUUGCGGUCAACAAGGGACACCUCGCCGUAGUGCGCACGCUACUUCAACUCGCCGUACAUCCCAGUUUACAGGAUUCCGAAGGCGAUACACCUUUGCACGACGCAAUAUCGAAGAAGCGCGACGACAUAUUGACUUUGCUGUUGGACCACGGAGCUGACAUGACUCUCACGAAUAACAACGGAUUCAAUGCUCUGCACCACGCUGCACUCCGAGGCAAUCCAAGUGCAAUGAAAAUAAUGUUGGGCAAGCUGCCGCGGCCGUGGAUAGUGGACGACGCGAAGGACGACGGCUACACGGCGCUGCACCUGGCGGCCUUCAACAACCACGCGGAGGUGGGCGAGCUGCUGGUGCGCGGCGGCGCGCGCCCCGACCUGCAGAACGCCAACCUGCAGACCGCGCUGCACCUCGCCGUGGAGCGCCAGCACACGCAGAUCGUGCGCCUGCUCAUCGCGCACGGAGCCAACCUCAACAUCUGCGACAAGGAUGGGGAUACUCCGCUGCACGAGGCGCUGCGGCAUCACACGCUGCAGCAGCUGCGGCGGCUGCAGGACGCGCGCGACGCGUCGCUGCUGAGCGGCAUAGCGCACGCACACGACAAGAAGUCUUCCGCCUCCAUCGCCUGCUUCCUCGCCGCGCAUGGAGCUGAUCUCACUAUUAAAAAUAAAAAAGGUCAAACACCGCUGGACCUGUGUCCGGAUCCGAAUCUCCGCAAGACGUUGACAACGUGCCGCAAAGACGGCGUGGGUGUGACGAGCGACGGCACGCCCGAGAGCGAGAGCGGGAGCGGGAGCGGAUCCGUCGCCGCCGCGAGUACUAACGCCGCGCCCGAAUCUCCCGCCGCGCCCGAAGCUCCCGCCGCGCCCGCUUCGCCCGCCGCGCCGUCCGGCGACCCCACCGCCGACGAGUGCCUCGUGUGCUCCGACGCCAAGCGAGACACGCUGUUCCGCCCCUGCGGGCACAUCUGCUGUUGCAACGUCUGCGCUGCUAGGGUGAAGAAGUGCCUGGUGUGUCGCGCGGGCGUGUCGGUGCGGCAGCGCGUGGGCGAGUGCGUGGUGUGCUCGGAGGCGCCCGCCACCGUCGUGUUCCGGCCGUGCGGCGACGUGUGCGCGUGCGCCGCCUGCGCGCCGCUCAUGCGCAAGUGCGUCGAGUGCCGCACGCCGCUGCAGCCGCCGCCCGCCGCCGCGCCCGCUCCCGCGCCCGCGCCCGCUGCCGCAUCCACCGUACUCUCGCCCUCUGCCCUACAGAAACACGACAUUAAUUGUGAUCUCGCCUUUGCUUUGCAAGUAGCCGGCGGCGAGGGUAGCAGCAACCUCGCGCAGGUGCAGGUGAACAAGGGGCAGCCGGCGCCCGCGCCCGCCGCGCCGCACUUCAUGAACAACGGCUCGCGGUCCGCGCCCGCGCCGCCCGCGCCGCCGAUCGCCCCCCCGGCACCGCCCGCGCCGCCCGGCCCGCCCGCCGCUGACGUGCAGAAACUGCAGCAGCAGUUGCAGGACAUCAAAGAGCAGACGAUGUGCCCCAUCUGCCUAGACAGACUCAAGAAUAUGAUCUUCCUGUGCGGGCACGGCAUGUGUCAAAUGUGCGGCGACCGCAUCACCGUGUGCCCCAUCUGCCGCAAGCAAGUUGAGAAGCGCAUUCUGCUCUAUUAGCUAUCGAUCUUUGUGCACCAUCUUGAUCAACAUAUAGUGGUGGGGUAGCUGAAACCCAGUGGCGUAACUAUAGGGUGGCAGGGCUGGCAAAAUGCCAUGAGCCAACGUUAGAAGGCCCCCCAACCUGAGAGGCUAUUUUUUAUUCUAAGGCAAGUAAGCCCUUGCUCACUCACCUGAUGUUAAGAGAUGAUGCAGUCAGAUGAUGAUGGAAACGGGCUUACUUAGAAGAGAUACAAGUACAAGGUACAAGGCUGAAGCUCAGGAUUAAUCUUACAUUUCAAAACCACAAAAGAAGACAAUUUUCUUGUGACGCCAUCCUAUAAAUCUACGGGCUUUAGUUGUAUAGUUACGCCACUGCUGACACCACUACAUUCAAUUACAAGACUGGUAAAAGGAUUUUUGUAAUGCUAAUAAACAUCGACUGCGAGCGAUGAUUGUUUUGUGUUGUGAGUAGCGAAUGGCAGUCUACGUAACGACUUCGUUCAAAUACAAUUUUGAAUGUCAUAUGAGGUUAAAAUGAUAUGCCUUAUAAGGUUAAAAUGAUAUGCCUUAUAGUUAAAGCCGGAUUUACAUUUGUCUUUCGUGUCGUGUCGUGACUCAUCAGAACAGAAUCGAUAUCAUACAUUUUGUAUGCGGCACAUCAGAAGCCAUUACAACAUGUCACAACACAUAAGUGUAAACAUUGCCAUAUAAAAUGUAUAAUACCGAUUUUGUUCUGAUGCGUCACGACACGACAUGUCAGACAAAUUUAUAUCCGGCUUUAGUCGUGAUACCUCUAAAUACUAUCGUUACAAAUGUUUAAAUGUUAGUUAUAAAUUUAUGUCAAAAUUCCUGUUUAUCAUUAAUGAAUUGUGGUAUCGUUAUUGGUAUGUUUUAUGCCAAAAAGGAUGUAGUAAAAUUAUAUACACGUAUCAUAAGUUAUAUUUAUUUAAUUAUAAUAUUAUGCCUAUAUUUAAAUUUAAGCUAAAUAUGAUGAAAUUGAAACAUUUAAAUAGGAAACUUAAAUACAUAAUAUCUGGUUAUAGAAACUCAGUCUAUAUUAAAUAUUCACUUUUAUUUAUUAAGUAGACACGUAAUAAUGUAAUUUUAUAAAAUAAUCAAAACUGCCAAACUAUUAUAAAAUUUUCCAAAUAUACCGUAAUAUUUACAUGUACAUACUUGUUAAUUCCUGUUUUAAUACAUAAUUCCACUAUGAGGCUUUAUAAUAGCAGCCUACCACGCAAAUGGAUUUAGAAGUUUUACUUUGUUAAUUUUUAUUGUUAUAUUGUGUAAUUUGCACUUAUUUGCAGUGUAGAAUAUUUUCAAUUUAUUAUCAUGGUCGUCAGUGGCGUAGCUAGAUAUAUGAUGGCAGGACAAAAAAAAUCCGCGGGCCUAUGGCUCGAAGAGGCCACAGCCCAAGAGGCCGUAGGCUCAAAAGUAACAGUAUCUUUUAAUGUUACGUGAAGAUUUUUCUAGGGCCCAUCCAAUGAAAUCACGUUGGACCUCAGAUGGUAUAGUUACGCCAUAUAUGGACCUUUUCUUUGUUAUUGUUAUUAAGUCAGUAGGUAAAUAAAAUAUCGUUUUUAAAUUAUAUUAUAUUUAUCGAGAAAAAUUAUAACCUGGCACUCAGUUGAAUAUGAGUAGGUACAUCUUGAAAUGUCCACGUAUAAAGCGAAAUUUUCAUAUUUUCUUUUAGAUAAUAUGAAAACUAAUGUCCUCAGUUGCCAGACGUUAAGCUAAAUGGCUCGCCUGUGUGUAAACUUUAAGGCCAACCCUUAAAGUCUCUAAAUUUAAAUUUAAAGAUGUCAAAAAUAGCUUUUCAAUUGUACAAAAAAUGUUAUUUUAAAUUUCAAGGACAUACCAAUCCGUUGUCUAAUUUCUUUUUUGACUCCACAAAAACAAAUUCCUAAUGUAAGUUAUAAUUGUCAAAGUUAUUAGGAUCACGAUUGUGCCCAAGGAAUAUUAAAUAACCUGGAAUUUGAUCCUGUCAUUUUUAGUUUUGAACACACACUUAUAGUUUAAAAAUAUAGCACACUAACAAACUUAGUCUUGAAUUAUUGUAUACUAGCGUAUGCCCGCGUGAAACUCAAUGUGAACUUUCAACUACCCUAACCUUUCAAUCAUUGAUAAGAGCUUUCUAAUGACAUUAACAAACACAUCAAACAAAAAAUCAACGCGUGAUGGCGUGACCAAGGGAUAUAUCGAUUCGUUUUUAUAUAUGAAUAUAGAUUAUGAUUUUGACUGAUAAUAAGAAAUAUGUUCAGUGUUUGAGAAAAUAACUUAGUUGCCUUAAUUUAGAGUUUAAAGUUAAAUUAAAUUAAAUUAAUUUAAAUUCUUCACAACCACUUUUUAUUUUUUAUUGAUACAAAUAUAAAGAUCUCUUUCGAAAACGUUUCAUUUGUCACUGGUGAUUUUUAUUUUUUUAUAUAUAUGAAAUAUAGUAUAAUACUAUAUAUUAUAAGUACGGUUGGCACAGAUUUCUUUAUAGACUCCACACAUAAGUUGUCUACUUUUUUGAGGGAUUGUGUUAGAUGCCUAAAAUGCGUCUCUGUCUACACUUCUAAGAAUUAUUCAAUGAUGCCUGUAAACUAAGCCUUGGUACUUGAAAUAAAUGAAUGAUAUUUUUAAAUCUUAGUUUUCCAGUAUUGUUAUUCGUAGGUAUUUUUUAAUUAUAAUGUUUUGGUUAAGCUUUUUAUGUUUAUCAAUGCUUUGCAAAUGAAUUAUUAAUGAUUAUUUAAGAAUAAAAAUAUUUAAUAAA